ACGAUUCAAGUGACUUGCUUUCAGUAUGAAUUAAAAGCGUCGGUUAGUUCGGUUCGUUACACCACAUGACCUGGUUUGGGGCUUAUCGAUUUUAUAGCUAUUUCGGAACCGUUCGACUGACCGACAUUAGCUGGUGUAGUAAUAAUUGUGUACGGGAACACGUUUCUGGUACAGAAGCGAAUAUUGUCCGGGUGCGACGAGAUCGGUUUUCUUAUUUACAUGCGAGUUUUAUUUUUAGGUCUUUCAAGAAAUUGCCACAAUUCUCAUAACCUUGGUGUUCAAGCGUGCUGAGAAGCGAAUACUGCUGCUGAUGGCAGACUAUCAGCCGCAGUUUCAAAGUUGAAUCAAGAAGAACCGUGCGACGAAUUUCUGGUGAUCCUACGACGUAAACACCAGCUCCGGACACAGUAGCUUAGCCCGAAGUGAACAGUAUCAACGCAGGACAGUAAUAAAAUUAACCGAAAAUGUUUUCAACGACAACGCAACACGUGUUCCUACCGGCGGCGACAGCAUUUGCAGCUACCACUUGCGCAAGACAAUGCGCGCCAAAGUCAACGACGACAGCGACGAGUAUGCUUCAGCGUGUGUUAGUGCAGAGCCAUUGUUGUAUUGCAACGCUAGGGGCAGACGAACUUAGAGAACUCCCAAACUGUAGUCGCGGAACUGGUCGUCGGCCAGUCGCUUCUGAUCAUCGGUGGAAACAGGAAUCGGGUUUCCCGAGAGCCGGAACAAAUCAAAGAGUCUUUUUUUGCAGAUCUACAGUGCCAGUAGCAAUAGACAUCGGACGAACGACGAGAACCAUGGCAACCGCAACGCAACCCCGCCUAGUUGCUGUCGAGGAAGCACGACGCUUUAUGGAGGCUUGUUUUGUCAAAUCCAACACGCCCCCGGCGCACGCCAAACAAAUGGCCGACCUGCUGGUAGAGGCUGACUAUCGGGGGCACUUUAGCCAUGGUAUGAACCGGCUGGAGAUGUACAUCAACGAUCUGCAUAAAAAUGCGUGUAACGGGGCGGCCGUUCCGACGGUAUUGAACGAAAUGCCCGCGGCAGCCUGGGUCGACGGUAACAACGGUCUCGGUGCAGUGGUUGGUAAUUUCUGUAUGGAUCUAGCUGUCAAGAAAGCGAAGGAGGUCGGUGUCGGAUGGGUUUGUGCGAAAAGGUCUAACCACUACGGCAUUGCGGGAUGGUACACUUUGCGCGCCAUGAAGGAGGGCUGCAUUGGAAUAUCAAUGACCAACACCUCGCCGUUGGCUAGCCCAACCAGAAGCAAGGAAGCCGCUCUCGGGACCAAUCCCCUGUCGGUGGGUGCUCCGGCAGAAAAUGGGGACGGUUUUGUGUUGGACAUGGCCACUACCGCCGUGGCGGUUGGAAAGAUUGAAAUGCAACGUCGCAAAGGAGAACCAAUUCCGGUCGGAUGGGCUCAGGAUCCCACCGGUCAUCCGACAACGGAUGCCAACGUAGCCUUCGAUACGGGCUGUCUGAUGCCAUUAGGCGGCACCGAACUCACUUCCGGUUACAAAGGGUACGGUCUGUCAACGAUGGUGGAAGUUUUUUGUGGAAUCAUGGCCGGUUCCAACUAUGCUACCAAAGUUCGUAAAUGGACUCACGCCGGUGCCGACUCGGAGGCCGAUCUGGGCCAAUGUUUUGUAGCGAUAAACCCUGCCUGUUUCGCGCCCGGUUUUGAGACUAGAAUGUCCGAUCUGAACAGUAUUCUGAGAAACAUGCCAAAGACUGAUGAAACGAAACCGGUUCUAGUGGCUGGUGACCCGGAGCGAAACCACAUGAAAAAAGUAGAUCAGGAAGGUGGUCUAGCCUAUCAUGAAAACCAAAUUAAAACAUGCAAUCAGCUUUCGGAACGACUUGGAGUUGAUCCUAUUGCAUUUAUUUAAAACUAUGCUUAUAUUUCGCAGCUGAUAAGCAUUUACCAGUGAUAUGUUUUAUAUCUGUAUUCUACAACCACCUAUACCGUUAAUUGUUCCAGCCAUAUCGUGUUACUGUUAGUGCCAACCGUGCUAUCGGAGGUAUAAAUGGCAUUCUUCAUAUCAACACUUUAAAAAACGGAUUCGCUCGACGAAUAAAUGAGAAAAUCUAA